AUGAGAGAGGUUAUGACGUAUUGUCUUGGAGACAUACCCUUUCCUCUUUCCAAUGGAUUGGACUCACUUGUUAAGACGAAUAAAAGCGCUCUUCUGAAUGUGCUCGAAUGCGAGGCUAAGACAGUCCAGAAUCAUUGUGUACAGGCAGUUCCAGUUGACAGUCCUCUCGUGAUCGAUGGCAUGGCUUUGCUACAAACAUUAAAGAAUCUACCAGCCACAUUAGAACAGCUUCCAAAGAAGAUUUUAAAUCAAGUAAUAUCCAGCGCGUUGUCACACAAAAGCACGCGAGUUGACUUUGUGACUGACACUUAUCCCACUAUCAGCAUUAAAGGAAUAGAGCGUACCAGACGAGCCGGCAAAGGGUCAGAAGUUAUAAAGAUUUAUGGAAAGACCCAGAAAACACCAAGUCAAUUCAAGAAGUUUCUUGCUCAUGGAUCUAACAAGGAACAUCUUGUUGAGUUUCCUUUCAAAACCUGGCAAGAUCUUUAUCUUCGAACGAAUAUCAAAUUGAUCAUCUCGCAUGGGAUUCACUGUCAUCAACUCACGUGGGAUACUCAUGGAAAAUGUCAUGUCGAAGAUGUUGAGGAAUUGAAUUGAAGGAGAGCCUGCCCGAAAGCCCUAGUCAAAUUGACGACUCUGGGCAGCCAGCCGCCGAGAAUUGUGAUUGGCUGAAAUUACGUUGACGACAGUUUGAUUGACAUGUUACGCUAAUUUAUUCAAAUAUUUAAAAAUAAAUACAGUAAAAACUAGAGGGCAGUCAGAGACUGCAUACCUCCGCCCGUUACUCGGAAGUGAAACGCAACCUUGGAAUUUCCUAAGAAAUCCACUUUAUAAUUCUUAAGCAUAAAAGAUUUCAGGCCCCCGCGAAUUGAAAUCGAAUUGCUAAUAGAACAUAUUACUGUUGUUGUACUGUACAGUACUUGUAAAAUAAAAACUUGCGCGUGCAGUAAUUUUCACAGUUGUGCUAUUUUAAAUUCCCAGGCAGCUAAAAUCUUUUGUCUUUAAAACAAUGUCGAUUUCUUGGGAAAUUCCGAGGUUGCGUUCUUUUUAUACAACCUGUAUUGAAGUAAUCUAAUGUUGUUAGAAUUUGAAUGGACUGGCACUUUGCUGAACGUAAUAAUGCGUAACUCCGUAAGCCUUGUUUUAGACAUUGAAUUUCGGUCGCGUGAAAUGCAACUAAGACAAUAGAUAAUGAAGGCCGAAGCUUAAUGAGGUUUAUCAUCUCAUUAUUGUCUUAGCACUGAGUGCAUAAAUUAUACACGUCCUAAUUACGCAUUCAGUAAUAUUUUUUGUUAAUUGACCGGGAAAAGCAAGACAAAAUUUUGUUCAUUUCUCGUUCAAUUUUUAACCAAAUUCAAACAAAUUUUAAUCUGUUCUUCGUUAGCCGAUGGGAAAUGCAUUCGAAAAAUUUCGUACGGAUAUGUUUGGUAUUUCUUGAGUUAUCGUGCUCACAGACAAACACACACACACAUACACACACACACAUACACACACACAUACACACACAUACACACACACACACACAUACACACACACACACACACACACACAUACAAACCCAGAUGAUUACAUAACCUCCUGGCGGAGGUAACAAACGGCAUCGCUAUAUUAAAGUGUAAACCUGUCGGCUAAAAUAUAAAAUUCAAAAGACAAAGUGUAAAAUGUAUAACAUAUACCGGUAUCUAAACAGAAUACGGCAAGCCAUACUGCUAUUACUGCAUAUGUCGUAUGAUUUUACCGUAUGGUCACUAUAGUAUAUAGAGUAUAAAACCUUGGCUGUCCUUGCCUUGUUUAUAUUUUGCUGGCUGGCAAAUUACGAUUAUAUAAAACAAUACAUUCUCGAUUGUGUUUAAUACACCAUAAUAAUACGAAGCUCUCUUUGGAGCAUUUAAAAUACAUUUGCCUGCCAACGAGUAUAACACGGGAAGGGGUGCAUUUAAACUUUUCCUAAGUCAUUAUAUCUAAUACUGCAAUAUUUAUAACUGUAGUACAGCCAUACAGGUGCAAAGCAUAAUAUAAUUUUGAACGGUCUUCGUCUACUACUAAUUUCCAGACAAAGUCGAAGGGCCUUCGCUCGAAAAGCCGACGUUUUGCUUGUAUUUCCAGGCAGUUGAAUCGCUAUCCAUCUAUUGUAAAAAGUUUAUUGAAAGCAUGUAGCGCAGGCUAUAGUAAAUAAUUUUAAGUCAUCAAUUUAUACAAAACUAUUUCGAGUGGCCGGUGUUAAUAUGGAAUAUUAACUAAGUGGGCGGCAUCAAUUUGACUAGGGCUUUCGGGCAGGCUCUAGUUAUAAAAGAGCCGGCCACGCUGGCUACGAAGAAGCAGACACUCGUCUCCUGCUACACGCCAAGAACGCCAGUGACACGGGUGAGCAUUCUUCUGUGGUUAUUAGAAGUCCAGAUACUGAUGUCGCCAUCAUUUGUUUAAGGUUUUCUGUAGCCGUACCACAUCUAUACUUCCAAACUGGAAAGCGAAAUUUACAACGCAUCAUUUCUAUUGAUUCAAUGGUCCAAGCAUUAGGAACAGAUGUCUGUAGAAGUCUUAUUGGUCUGCAUGUUUAUAGUGGUUGCGACUCGACAAGUGCAUUUUACGGUAAAGGAAAGAAGAAGGCGUACGAUGUAAUGAAAUCAGAUCCAAAGUUCAUUGAAUGCUUUGCUGGUCUCGGCGAGUCAUUCACAGCAUCCCCAGAGCUUGUGGAAGUCUUGGAGGAAUUCACUUGCAAGUUGUAUGGUGAUUCAUCAGAGGAAAUAGAUGUUUGCAGGUACAAGUCGUUCUGUGCAACAACAUCAGAAAAAAAGCUUGCCACCGUGUAAAGAUGGGUUGCUACAACAUAUUAAGAGAAGUUCGUAUCAAGCUGCCAUACACCAAAGAGCAAUUCAGCAAACCAUAGAUGCUCCGUCUCCUGACGGCUACGGCUGGUCUGUCAAAGACGGAGUUAUUGAUGUUGUGUGGAAGACCAAACCUGCGGCUCCAGAAUAUCUACUGAAGGAUGUUAAAUGCGGCUGUGAGACUACCAAGUGCAUUAAGGGUGGCUGUUCAUGUUUAACGAACAAAUUGUUAUGUACAGACAUGUGCAGAUGCAAGGACUGUGGGAAUGGGAAAGAUGACAACGAAACCGAAGUACCCGAUGAUUCAUCUCAAAUCAGCGCCGUUGAGGAUGACUUGGAUUUUCCACCCUUUAGUAUAUGA